AUGAGGUCGAACAUCUUCGACGUCGGGUCCGGCCACCUCGUCGCAUACCCUUCAAUCGGCGGCGUCGUUCAGUCGGUGCCGAUGCCCGUCGACCUCCAAUACCUCGCAAUGCCCCGCACCCACGAUACCAAACCAUCACCCGAUGACGACGAAGACGACAUUGCGGCGCGUAUGCUUCGUCUGGGCGCGCAGUGGUGGCCUGAUUGGGAGCUAUACGCCAAGUACUGCGAGCAAAUCGACAACGGGGUCAUUUAUGACUGUCACUUUCCUUCUGACAUGUGA